AUGCAAUCUGCUAAGUACUUUAACUACAGUGUCAAGGUUCUAGGCACAGGACUAGACUGGAAAGGAGGAGAUGUAACAAAUUCAAUAGGAGGAGGCCAGAAAGUUCGUCUGUUAAAGGAGGCAUUGGAAAACCUAAGUGACCAGAAGGACCUUAUAGUUCUUUUUACAGACAGUUACGAUGUCAUCUUUUCUGGAGGCCCUGAAGAAAUAAUACUUUCAAAAUUCCAGCAAAGCAAGCACAAGGUUGUAUUUGCUGCAGAAGCAUUAGUCUGGCCUGACAAAAGAUUAGCGGACAAGUACCCCGUGGUGCGCAGUGGGAAACGAUUUCUUAACUCAGGAGGAUUUAUUGGAUAUGUACAAAGUAUACAACAAAUUGUGCAACAAUGGACAUUGCAAGAUAAUGAUGAUGAUCAGCUUUUCUACACCAAAAUUUACCUUGAUGCGCUUCAACGGGAACAUAUAAACAUUACGUUGGAUCACAAAUCUCAGAUUUUCCAAAAUCUAAAUGGAGCAGUUGAUGAGGUUGCAGUUUACUUUGAUGGUCCAAGAGCUAGAGCACAGAAUACCCAGUAUGACACUUUUCCAAUUUUAAUACAUGGAAAUGGCCCUACCAAGGUUCAGCUAAACUACUUUGGAAAUUAUGUUCCUGAUUUGUGGACACCUGAAAUUAGUUGUCGAAAUUGUGAUUUAAACACCAUUAAUUUAUCAACAAUUGACGGCUAUCCAGAUAUUACCGUAGGAAUCUUUGUCGAACAGCCAACUCCUUUCCUGCCAGAGUUCUUCAGCAGACUGUUGGCACUUGACUAUCCCAAAGAUAAACUAUCAGUAUUUAUUCAUAACCGUGAGGUUUAUCAUGAAAAACAUAUCCAGAAGUUUUGGGAAAAAGCCAAGGGAAUCAUUAAGAAUUUCAAAGUAGUUGGACCUGAAGAAGAGAUCACACAAGCAGAAGCAAGAAACAUGGGAAUGGAUAUUUGCCGGCAGGAUGAGCAUUGUGACUAUUACUUUAGCAUUGAUGCUGAUGUGGUUUUGACAAACCCAAAGGCUCUAAAACUACUCAUCGAGCAAAACAGGUUGGUGUACUAA